GGUCAGUGGGUGCUGUCCGUUAAACCUGUACGGAACAGUUUCCACACGCCCGAUUGUUGUGUAAGCGUCUCUCCCACCCUUGAACCUGCGUCAUGCCGACGUCACCUGUUAAAACGAGGAUCCCCCUCACCAGCUUUGGACACUUGGUAACAGAGGUGAAGAGACAGCUGUUUGGCAUUGAGGCCCCUUCUUCUGUGGAACUGACGGGUUGGAGGAAAUACUUUAAUAGCUACACUCUGCAGGGUCGCAGAAAUUGUGUCUUGGCUACUUAUGGGAUCUUUGCAGUAACGGCAGCUGCCUACUUGGUGCUUAGACAGAAGAAAAAAGAAAACCAGACAUCCACCUCCUCGGCCUGAGAGGCUAAUGUCUUGCAGUCAUGCCUUUUCUCUGUGAUGCGAGCGGUACUGCACCUUCAAAUGUGUCAGCUGCAAGUUACAGAGUGUUAAUAAAUACUUUGUCUGUGCUUGUCUGAUCAUUAUUCAUUGAUAAAAUGAACAAUCUGUCUGCUGCUGCAGAAACGGCAACAAAAUCCGUAAUUUUCUUAUCCGUUUAUUACCAUUAAAGCAGCAUGUUUUUCUCUAUAAGAGAUAUAAAAUAAGAAGAAUGGCUGCACAUUUUUUCACAGUUUGAUUCAUGAGUGCAUUCACGUUCAUGACUUUGCUUGUAAUCCUUUUUGAAUUCUUGGCUGCAGGUUGAUUGACGAGGUAGUCGGUUAACCUGCAGUCUAUUGACAUGCUUGACAUGACAUGGAAAUAAUUGCAGCCCUUUGACUAUGCACUUAAGCAUAGUUAAGCAUUGUUACGCAAAGCUGACAGAACAAAAAGGAAACAAGAGUCUUACCUGAGAUCUUAUCACUGAGGUUUACACUUACUUUACACCACCGGGCUUUGUAAAGCAUGAUGUCCACAGGUAUGUGUGAGCCUUUCUUUCAUUUUGUUAUAAAUAUAAACUAAACUUGUAUAUAAACUGAAAUAUAUCCACAAAAAACAAUUUUUAAAGCAAACAGCGCUGUAGUAGUAAAACCAUCAACCCAUCCGUGAUGCGGAUGUUUGUUUUAUAAUCGGUAUUGGUGUAUUUUUCAUGCAGCUGUAACAUUUUUAAAUAAAUAUAGUUAUUUGCAUUCAAACCAAUCUCAAAUUUAGUGUGCGUACUCGCUACGCACGCACGCACACGCACACACACACACACACAGGCUCUGCUGUGAGAUCACAUGAUUUCAAGGAAUCUGCGAGCUGAAGUGAAAGCGAAAGUGCGGUCGCGAACACCUGAAUCAACGGUUUGAAGCGCGCAUGCGCGUUUGAGCGAAAGAAGGAGCGCGUACGUUCUCUGAAAACGAAAUCAUCUUUUUUAUCAAACGAGUUGCGACUUUCUGGGGGCGAGAAGCCGACUGUAGCUCACUGCUGAGACACCAUGGCGUCUCAAAGUGCACUGAGCAACAGAUGACCAGCCGGGAAGGAGUGAAUGAUGGAGGAUCUGCCAGUGAAAAACGGAGUAACUGGUGCAACAGGUGGUCAAGAGGAGGAUUGUUCUUUGUAGGAUGGUCAGAGACAAUUGCAAUAAAGUGGUAGUACAAAGCCCAAAACAGAGCCACGCAGCCGAACCACAGAGCCCGAGUGAGCCCUCUGAAGAACACCGGGAACAGAUCCCAAACAGAGCGGAGUCGAGAGAGCUGGAUUUACUGCACUGGGUCAAAAACAACUGUGAGGAAGACGCUGAGCUCUGGGAAGUGACUGGAGCUGAUUCCGAUGGGUUGCCCACACACCUCCGUCCGUUCACCAGCGAAGCAGAGUAUAAACUAGUAAAAAGUACUUACCAGCAGCUUCUGCAGAGUGAUUACUACUGGGGAUCCCUGACCAUGGAAGAAGCCCACGGAAAACUCAAAAAUGCUCCUGCUGGAACCUUCCUUAUCAGGGACAGCGGGCAGCCGGAUGUUUUCUUCACUCUGAGUUACCAAAGCGACGAUGGCCCGACGAGUAUUCGCAUCCAGCUGAACAAGCUCCACUUCAAUCUGUUUGGCAGCCAGAGGACUUUUCCUUCACUCUUUGCUCUGCUGACUUACUACACCAGCUCCUGCUGUAAACUGACGGUGCCCUUUCGUAUUCACCGCCCAGAGGGUCUGAAACAGAUGUGCAGGAGGGCGUUUGUAGGCAUGUUUGGAGCAGAUAGGAUAAGCACAUUACCUGGUCUCAACAAGCAAGUGAGAAGCUACCUUUGGGCAUACCCUCACCCUAUAUAGACCCAUGUGCUCCAAGUUUCUGUGUCAGGACGUUGUGCUAUCACAAGGAUAAAGAAUUUUAUUUCUUACUUUUUAAAGAAGUUAUCCUUUGUACUAUAAAUGAGAGAUAAUAGAAGAUCACUGCAGGUGACUGCUAUGAAUGAUAUUAUUGGAGAGACAAGCGAGUAGAAGGCCGCAACCAUCACAGGUAGAAAUGGCUACAUGAGGUAAUUCAGGCAACCUGCGGCACAGAUGGACAACCUGAAGGUUUCUGGUUGUUGAGAGGUUAUUUGCACACCUUCUGAAAAUGUAUUGUUUUACAGAUUUGACAAAGCACGUGUUAACGUUGUUUUGUUUUGGGGUUUGUUUUGGGGGGGGGUUUAUAUGCACUGUCAGAAGUCAACAAUGAUUAUUUAUAUAACUAAAGUUUCUAGCAAUUUUCCCUGUAAAGGCUGCACCACUGCCUGUAUGGUGACAUUUCAGUUUGUCGUGCCUAUGAAAAUGUCAUAACUGCUGCUGUUUAAAGCUGCACUAGCUGAUAUCUGAACUUAUGAACGCAUGAGCAAGCAGCCAUGUCAACAGCUCAUGAACGUGAGGGUAAAUCAACUGUAAAAAUCCACUUGGAGUGAUGGUUUCUGGCUCGUUCCUUCUCUUUCUUUUUUUGCGUUGCUUGUUUGGUAACAUUAGGUUAAUUAUCUCAAUAUCUUGGUACAAAGGUUCAUUUGCUCUGGAUGAUGGGGGGAAACAGAGGAACGGAUUCCAACCGCUAAAUUGAUGUUUAUAAUUCACAGAAUUUGCAGUUAAUACGAUUCAGAUAUCGGUUAACUUCGCCGCGGUUCUUUAUGAGGUUGCAGAUGUAAUCUUCCCAUUACAGAAGGAAUCCUCUUUUUCUGUUAUCUCACAAAAAGAGGAUUCCUCCAGCUGUAGCUGACCUUAGAUUCUGUAGUUUUGCUCUCACCUGUAUUUAAAAAAAGCAUCGACUUUGUGUUUUUUGUCUUUCUGUUGGGGUUUUGUGUUGGCCUUCUCCUGCCUGGCUGUCAAGGGGGUCGGCUACAGCAGCUAAACUAAGCAGCAGAGUUGACUGAAUGUUUGUUUUUGUCACUUUCGUCUGUGUAGAUUCCACCAUAAUUCUUUUUUUAUGUAAAAGUAUUGAUUAAUG